AUGUCGGUAACAUCGUCAAACAACAGGACACUUGAUAUCUUAGCCAAGGCGGAAGCCGGUGGUUAUGGUGUGAUCGCUCAGACAUGCUAUGAUUGGGGUUCGGCAAUCGGACUUGUCAGAGCUGCUGAGAGAACCAAAUCUCCUGCUAUCUUGCAACUCUUUCCUAUCACGUUGAAAUACGGACAGGGCGAGUUUUUACAAUUCUGUCUCGAUGUUGCCCACAACGCUUCUGUACCCAUCUCGGUUCAUCUUGAUCAUGCGACCGACGAGGAACAGCUAGAGCUAGCGGUAGGACUAGCGGAGAAAGGGAUCAAGUUUGAUAGUAUCAUGGUGGAUGCCAGUCAUGCAGACACUGACGAGGAAAACAUCGCUCUCGCUAUUCCAUGGAUCAGGAGAUGUGUCGCCGCUGGUGUAGCGACAGAAGUCGAACUCGGUCGAUUGGAAGGUGGUGAAGCUGGAUUGAGACAAAUCGAAGGUAACAUCUAUACGGAUCCAACCAAGGCUGAGAAAUUUAUGCAGGAGACUGGCGCUCAUAUCCUUGCUCCUUGUGUUGGCAAUCGACAUGGUUCGUACAAGCUCUUUCCAGGAGGACCUGAAUCUCAAUGGAAGUUUGAAAUAUUGGACGAAUUGUCAACUCGAUUCAAGGGUCGUGUUCCCCUUUGUGCUCAUGGGACUGACGAACUAUCUGAUGAGCUGUUCAGAAAGAUCGUCAAGAGUGGAGUUACCAAGCUAAACGUCAAUUCGUGGUGUAGGGAUCCAUACGUGGAGACUCUUGGUCAAGGAUUGUUGAGUAGACCUUUCCCCGAGGCGAUGGAAGAAGCCACCGAAGCUUUUGCUAAAGAAUGCGAACGUCUAUUUCACUUAUUUGGAUCAGCGGGCAAGGCUUGA